AGUUCGCCUGGCAAAAAUAUGUCACUUGGUGGCGCUAUUUACAAAUAGUGGACCACGAAAACUGAAAUUUGACUGAGCCUGAGGAAUCCGUGAACUUGGCCGAGAUGUCGCUUGAAAUAGAAUCUGCGGAUGUGAUCCGCCUGAUCCAGCAGUACCUGAAGGAGAACAACCUCCAUCGCUCGCUGGCGACGCUCCAAGAAGAGUCCACGGUCUCCCUGAACACGGUGGACAGCAUCGACCAGUUUGUGUCGGACAUCAACAAUGGGCACUGGGACACCGUGCUGCAGGCCAUCCAGUCCCUCAAGCUGGCCGACAAGAUGCUGAUUGAUCUCUAUGAACAGAUUGUUCUGGAGUUGAUUGAGCUGCGAGAGCUAGGAGCCGCCCGCUCCCUCCUACGCCAGACAGACCCCAUGAUCAUGCUGAAGCAGCAGCAGCCUGAUCGCUACAUGCAUCUGGAGAAUCUCCUAGCCAGGUCCUACUUUGAUCCAAGAGAGGCUUACCCAGACGGUAGCAGCAAGGAGCGGCGCCGGGCAGCCAUCGCCCAGGCCCUGUCAGGUGAAGUCAGCGUAGUCCCACCCUCCCGUCUCCUAGCUCUCCUAGGUCAGGCCCUCAAGUGGCAGCAGCAUCAGGGGCUUCUUCCGCCGGGCGUCACCAUCGAUCUGUUCAGAGGGAAGGCAGCGGUCAGGGAUGAAGAGGAGGAGAAGUAUCCAACGCAGCUCAGCAAGACAAUCAAGUUUGGUCAAAAGUCCCAUGUGGAGUGUGCAUCCUUCUCUCUCGACGGUCAGUACCUGACAACUGGCAGUGUGGACGGCUUCAUUGAAGUCUGGAACUUCACAACCGGCAAAAUCCGCAAGGAUCUCAAAUACCAAGCGCAGGACAGCUUUAUGCUGAUGGACGAUGCUGUGUUGUGCAUGUGUUUCAGCAGAGACAGUGAAAUGUUGGCAACUGGGGGCCAAGACGGAAAGAUUAAGGUGUGGAAGAUCACCACCGGCCAGUGCCUGAGACGAUUUGAGAUGGCUCACAGCAAAGGGGUUACCUCGGUCAAAUUCUCCAAGGACGGUAGUCAGGUGCUCAGUGCAUCCUUUGACCAAACCCUCAGAAUACAUGGCCUGAAAUCGGGUAAAACUCUCAAGGAAUUCCGUGGCCACACCUCCUUUGUCAAUGAGGCUGUAUUCACCAUAGAUGGCCACACCAUCAUCAGUGCCUCGUCUGAUGGCACAGUCAAGGUGUGGAACAUGAAGACGACAGAAUGCAUGAACACCUUCAAAUCCCUCGGAGGAAGUUCAGGCACGGACAUAACGGUCAACAGCGUCAUCCCGUACCCCAAGAACACGGAGCAGUUCAUUGUGUGCAAUCGCAGCAACACGGUGGUCAUCAUGAACAUGCAAGGACAGAUCGUCAGAAGUUUCAGCUCUGGUAAGCGUGAGGGCGGUGACUUUGUCUGCUGUUCCCUGUCCCCCAGGGGGGAGUGGAUCUACUGCGUGGGUGAGGAUCUGGUGCUGUACUGCUUCUCCACCACCACGGGCAAACUGGAGAGAACUCUCAAUGUACACGAAAAGGACGUGAUUGGCAUUGUGCAUCACCCGCACCAGAACCUGCUGGCAACUUACAGCGAGGACGGACUGCUGAAACUGUGGAAGCCUUGAGAAGGACAUUGACCGGCAACUUUCAAGUACAGGAAGGGAAUUGUAAUCGGAUGUAAAACAUGUUGAAUCCUUCAAAAAAAGAAUGUACUGGACCUCAAUUUUACAGAAAGUCUUGUCAUUCAGCACUGACUGUCUCAAUAUUAGGGCCCUGUGCAUCACUGCUCCGUUAGCUAACACACUUUGGUUAUUUUGAAGUUUUCGGGGUUGACAUCCCUUGAUAGACAUUGCCGUCAGACUACAUAGUGCGGCAGAUAGGGGAGAUAUUUGGGGGAAUUGUGCCUUUGAUGAUACAAGCAUGGAAUUUGGCACACAGUCAGAGUAUGUCAUGAGAAAGAUAUUUGGCUAUAGGGCCAUAGCAGAUUGGUCCUUUGAAAACAAAUCGUUAAAACAACAAGCAAUAUUUAAAAUUUUCAAAAUGGCUGCCAUUGCUUGUUAUAUUCUACCUUAAUUUUUUCAAAGGACAAAUCUGCGAUGGCCCUAUAGCCAAAUACUCUGUGUGUCAAAUUCCAUGCUUAAAUCAUCAGAGGCUCAAUCCCAUCGCGCAUGGGCCGUACUAACACUGCAUUUGUGAACAUUUUUUGUUUGUGCCCUAAAAAAAUGAACGCGAUUUAAGACGUCAUAAUAUUUCAGCUGUAAACUCACACAAGUUGAACACAUUGCUUCUGUGUAAAUAUUUAUAUAAAAAACAGCUCUGUAGAAAUAUCCACUAAAGAAUGAAGCUGUUUUUAUUUCAGUCUCCCUGAUUUUUAGACAUUUUCAAGUAGUUAGAGUAAUUUUUAAAGGUUGGAAAUAAACAUUAAAUCUGGCAGUGAAAUGCCGUUCUCUUU